AUGGGUGAAGCGCAGUUUGGGGUGCGCCACGUGAUCGGGGCUCCCGUAGCCAUCACCAGGCUGUCGGAGCAGGCCAUAGUAUGCAUGCCGCCAAGAACAGCCAAGUUCACUCUCGCCGAAUGGAAGUUAAGCAACGACCAACGAUGCAGGAACACAGAAGAUCAACAGCAGCUUGCAGACAGAGUCCUUGGGGAAUCUGGUCGAGUGCGAGACGAGACAGCAGAACGCGCAGAAAUCAUGAAAGCCACCACAGACAGGCGUAUUGAAGAACGCAUUGGAGACAUCGAGUUCAACAAAAAUGAGCUGCAAAUACAACGUAAGGAAAUAUGUUUGGAGUUAGAAGCUCUGUCCAUGUAUAAAACUCGUCUCCUAGAUUGCCUUGCAUCCCUACAAGCAAAUGCUCUGACCAUAUGCCGCAAAUGUCUUAUGCUUAGAGACGGGCGUAUUGGCAUCGAUUUGGUGGUCGAUGAAGUGGAAUCUGCCCUACAGCAAGAGAUCACAACCAUUCUUGGUGGACAAAGCCUUUUAAGGCGAGUGUUGGAGCAAUUGAAUGAGCAAAUGCGUCGUCUGCGUUCUACUCGAUACCUUCUCGAUCGCGACUUGCAAUACAAGCAAGCAGCUAUUGACUUGGACAAAACCAAUCUAUCCCUCAAACCUACUGAUUUAUGUCUCUCCGUCUAUGAAGGUUAUGCUAACCUCGAUCCUGCCAACAUAUCUGCCGAUGAGUACAACGCUUAUUCGGCAAAAAAUAUACAAAUGGCAGCAAGAGAAGUGACAAGCGCUCGCCCUAUCAGAAUGUUCGUGGACACAAUUCUCAAACAAGUGAUUGACGAUUUGUGGAACGCUUACAAGAAAUGCAACCAUGCGUUCCACGAGCGAAUCGAAGAUACUAAGCGAGCUAAAGCGAAGCUUGAAGACAUGCAUAGAGAGACGACUCAAAAGAUUAGCGACAUGCAGAAUAAUAUCUUGCAGCUACAAAAAGCUUUAGCUGAUAAAGAAGGUCACACUGCAUUAGCGCAUACGAGGCUUGGUAAGCGAGCUCAAAGAGUAGGUGCUGAACUGGUGAGAGACCCUCCAGGGCAGGCUUUGUAUUACGAAUGCGAGAUGUUACGUCACAGCACGGAACAGCUUCAACAGAUGCUGCAUGAGGCGACCUCAUCCUUGCGCUAUUUGCUGCAAACGCAAAUCCAGUUGGAAGAGGAUAUUAAUGUGAAGAUGAAUACUCUGAAGAUUGAUGAGGUGGACUGCAUGACCUUGCGAGAAACUAUGGACUAUCACUCGUACUAGAACUUCAUCAUGAAAUAGUGCAACUGCGAAUAUGAUAACUUGAUUAUAUCAUAAUCAUCUAUUAUGUCAUAAUAAUUGUCCAGAAGUGUUCUUGUA